AUUCAACCUGUAUUCAAAAAACUGUGGAUGGGAUCAGGUCUCUCUCACAACCACCGGAGCAGCGUCGCGCCCCAGCAGCAGCCGUCGUCGGCCCGCGUCAUCGCCGCCGACGGCUCGCUGACGGAGUUCGCCACCUCCUCGCCUGUCAGCGUCUCCGACGUCCUGGGCGGCAAUGCGGACGGCCCCUUCUUCUUGUGCAGCUCCGACGCGCUCUACUUCGAUGAGGACGUGCCGGCGCUCGGCGGCGGCGAGCAGCUCCGUCCCGGCCAGAUAUACUUCGUGCUCCCCGUCGCGAUGCUCGGGCGGCCCCUGUCGAGCGCCGACAUGGCGGCCAUGGCGGUGCGCGCGAGCGAGGCGCUGGCGACGAGAGCGCGGCCGCGUGGACGCGGCGCCGGCAUCAGGAAGGUGCGGGUCACGCCGGUGCACCCCGAGAGCGGGCGUGGCGACGUGGACGCCCAGGUUAACGCGAAGCUCAACGAGAGGAGACUCGGGGAGUACUCUGUGAAAGCCUCUGGUAAUCCGGCGAAAAUCAGCAAGAAGGCUGCCGUGGCGGCAUGUCCGCCGGCGAAGAAGCCGCUCAAGCCGCUCAGCACCAUCAAAGAGGAUGAGGAGUGAGGAAAUGCUCAUAAGAACAUCGCCAGGCGACGCCGAGUGAUAAAAAUGGAAGGAAAUUACUACAAGAUUUUUGAUAGGAUUUUUUUGUCUUUUCUUUUUGUGUUAUCCAUUUUUUGGAACUGUGAUGUUGGUGAGGAAGAUUCAAAAAAGAUAGAUAAGGAUGUCGGUUGUUGAUUUGCCAUUGUACAUAUAUUUGGUAACAAAGGGAAAUGAGAUUUGUUCAUA